AGUCAUUUGCGUUAUUCCAACAUGGCGCGAAAUAGAAACUUCUAGUGUAUGUUUAUUAAUUUUACGCGCGGGAUCGUUUAAAAGUAUUCUGCUACCAUAGUUUUUGUGUGUUAUAGCAUAGAAUUCGUGAUGGCAGGAACGAUAAGAAAGCUAGAUGAAGUUGUCGUCAAUCGGAUCGCUGCAGGAGAAGUCGUUCAAAGACCGGCAAACGCGCUGAAAGAAAUGAUUGAGAACAGCUUGGAUGCAAAAUCUACAAACAUUCAACUCACUGUAAAGCAAGGUGGACUGAAGUUACUGCAGAUCCAAGACAAUGGUACUGGCAUUAGGAAAGAGGAUUUUGGCAUUGUAUGUGAGAGGUUCACGACAAGUAAGCUGACGAAGUUUGAAGACCUGUCAGAGAUCGCCACCUACGGGUUCCGAGGUGAAGCUCUCGCCAGCAUUACUCAUGUCGCACAUGUGACGAUCACUAGCAAGACAGCUGAUUCGAAAUGUGCAUACAAAGCAACCUACAAUGAUGGAAAACCUACAGGACCCAUGAAACCAUGUGCUGGCAACCAAGGAACAAUGAUAACGGUCGAAGAUUUGUUCUACAACAUGGAUGUGCGAAGAAAAGCUUUCAAGAAUCAUUCUGAAGAGCACGCAAAGAUAGCUGAUGUCGUACAAAAAUAUGCUAUACAUAAUGCUAAAGUAGGGUUUACAUUGAAAAAGUUUGGUGAGUCGUCUGCUGACAUCAGAACACCACCCAACUCCACGGUGACUGAUAACAUCCGACUAACUUACGGCUCAACUGUGGCAAGGGAGUUGUUGCCAAUAUCACACGAGGACAAGACGUUUGCUUUCAAGUUAACAGGACAAAUUUCAAGUGCUAGCUAUUCACUCAAGAAGAGCAUUUUCCUGAUCUUCAUAAACCACCGACUGGUAGAUUGCUCCACAUUGAGGAAAGCCAUUGAAGGGGUCUACACAUCGUAUCUCCCGAAGAACAUGCAUCCAUUUCUGUACCUCAGCCUCGAGGUUGCGGCGCGCAACGUCGACGUGAACGUUCACCCGACAAAGCACGAGGUUCACUUCCUGCACGAGGACGCGAUCGCGGAGUCGAUCCAGCGCGCCGUUGACGCGACGCUGCUCUCCAGCGACUCAUCACGCACGUUCUACGCACAGGCCUACCUGCCAGGUGUGGCGGCACCCGUGUCAGAAGUCAUUACCGAAAUCAGUGACAAGUCUUCUUCAAAAAGUUCGGUGAGCACCAGCAAGCCAUACGCUCAUCAGAUGGUUCGCACGGACAACCGUGAACAGAAGCUUGACGCAUUCCUGCAGCCGAAGCCACCAGCUGCUACUGUCCUUGUCAAUGCAGUGGAUGUGUCACCACAUGGUGACAGUGCCCGCGUUGACACGCAACACAGCUCUACUUCCGGAAACGAGACGGGUCGCCGUCAGGUGAAGUUGACUAGUGUUUUAAUUCUACAGGAGGUGCUUAAAACCAAAGCUCACUCAGGUCUUAGAGAGGUGUUCCAGAAUCACAAGUUUGUUGGCUGCGUUAACAGAAAGCGUGCAUUGGUUCAGCACAACACCAAACUCUACCUUGUCAACACCACUGUGCUCAGCAAGGAGCUAUUCUACCAGCUAAUGUUAUAUGAAUUUGGAAAUUUUGGAAUGAUAAAAUUAUCAAAUCCUGCACCAAUCUAUGAGCUGGCAAUGUUGGCAUUGGACAGUGAAGAGUCUGGAUGGUCAGAGACAGACGGCUCCAAAGAGGAGCUGGCACGAUACGUCGUUGAUUUCCUCUCUUCGCAGUCUGAAAUGCUGCUAGACUACUUCUCAAUACACAUAGAAAAUGGAGAGCUCUGCACUCUGCCCCUGCUUCUAGAACCAUAUUUUCCCAGUAUGGAAGGUCUGCCUAUGUAUAUCCUUCGCUUAGCAACAGAAGUUGAUUGGGAAGAUGAACAAAAGUGUUUCGAGUCAUUCUGCAGAGAGACUGCAGAGUUUUACUCGUUCAAACCCAACGUCGCCUCGAAUGGCAAUGAUGAUUGUGUACCGGAAAAGUCUCCUGGUCUAAGCCAAUCAGAACAGACAGGUGAAGCUACCCAAUCGGAACCAACUACAGGUUUAGACAGUGAAUCAGUCCCAGAUGAGGAUUCAAGUACCCCGACAUGGAAAUGGACUGUGGAACAUGUCAUCUACCCAACUCUCAAAACCACUUUGCUACCGCCGAAACAUUUUGCUGACAACGGUAGCAUCUUAGAGGUGGCUAAUCUGCCAGACCUCUACAAGGUGUUUGAGAGAUGUUGAUCAGUAGCUAACAUAGAUAUAG